CCCGGAAGUAGUGCCCUUGAAAUGAGGAGGCGCCAUGUGGAGGACAGUCAGUGUGCUGAGUGGUAGGAAUGAACUCUCCUGUUCUAGCUGUGCUGUCACCGCUUUUUAUCAGCUCCUUUCUGAUUGUUCAUAUGUUUUCUGCCCACCUUACUGGGUUUUCCAUUGUACUUUUACCCUUUAGCAAUAUGUUGCACCGGGUUAAACCACUACAGGCUGUUCUUAUAGCUCUUUCAUUCUGGUCUCCCCAAAUAUACAGUAAUCAUAGCAAAGGUUGUGUUUAACCCCUUAAGGACCAAACUUCUGGAAUAAAAGGGAAUCAUGACAUGUCACACAUGUCAUGUGUCCUUAAGGGGUUAAACCAGUAUAUUGCCACCUACUUUCUGGGAGCUGGAGCUGGCUGCCCAUGUAAAUAAUAUAUUCGUGCUUUUUAUUCAUUUUUAUGCAUCCUGUGUUGUUUGACAUAGUCAUACUAAUACAACAUCUAUUACUAAUGCAUAGUGCAUGUAUUAUACAAAACCAAGCACCCAAUACUAAUAUAAAUCGCACAAUCGAGCAAUAAUUAUUUAUACAGGUGAUACAACACAACCUAUUGCUGCAUGUAUUACACAAAAAACAAUCACACAUAUACAAAUGUAAAAAUUGCUGUAAUCAUAAAAUAUAGAAUCCAGAUACACUUUUACUCUACUCUAUAACUCAUGGAACUAAUAUUUUGUCAUAUUUAAUCAACUAUUCCCAUUGAUCUGCUUUGAAAUAAAUGUGCCCAACAAUCAUUUUUAUCUGCUGGGCUCAUUGUUGUGGGUGUGGAUAUAUUCACCUACAAUCCUCUUACUUGGAUACAUAAGGCUAGGGGUUUGCAGCUCAGCAAAUAUAUUUAUUCCUGUUUGUUUGGAAUGCUAGCUGUAAAAGAUAUUCCUCGUGAAAAACAUCAGAUUUUCUAAGCUCCAAACACCAUAUUUAUCAAGCACCAUAACCACUACAGCCUGCUGUAGUGAUUAUGGUCCCAGGAGUGCCUUGACUCCGUCCCACACUAAGAAGUCAAACUGUUUUAGAAUGGUUUGACAAGUAAGCUGGGUAAGCUGCACCUGUUCUUCUCCUGAGGGGGUUUGGGUUAGCUCUGCAGAGUGCUCACAGCCAGUGAAAGUCUGUUAACAUCCAUGUUAAAUGUUUACAUUACAGCACUGAUUCUGCCUCCAAUGGCUGUCUAUCAGAUAGCCCUAGAGGCGCUUCCUGGAUGUUAACAGACUUUUGGUCCGGUAUCUGUCGCUUAACGUCCUCACGCUCUGCAUGAGGACAUCCAGCAUCAGCUAUUUUCCCAGGCAUAAGGCACAUGUGGCACUUGGCUCGCAUGCGUAAUAGCAUCUGCUCAUCGGGGGAGGUGCAGCAGUGCCGUGGGACAUUGGUGCUGGGAUCAGGUAAGUAAAUAAGUUUUUAACCCUUUAUUCACAGCUUGGGAGGGGGGCAGGCAGAGGGAGCUAUAGUGUCAGGAAUACACCUUUGUAUUCCUAGCACUAUAGAAUUUCCUUUAAAAGAUACAGAAGCAAAAGUAUUGGGAUCUGUAUUUUAUUCCCACUUUUACUGCUUUUAUCUGCUAAAGUGAUACUCGUAUGUUCCUUUUAGCUAGUGUUCCUUCUUUAGUAUAAUUCCUAGAGUGUUCUUUUUUUAAUUAAGAUCACUGCUGCCAAUGUUAUAAAAAAAAAAAGCUAUAAACUUACCUAUAAUGCAAUAUCUGUGAGAAACAUUAGCAGCAUGAUGUGUAUUUACAUUGCCUGUCAAAAGGGAUAUUAACAUGUUAAAACAACAAAAUCUCAUCUACACUUAAAACAAAUCAAUAGUGUGAUGGAAUGAUACACUUAUCUCUAUGAAUAGUGGUGACAGCCUUCUCCAGGAAUAUCCCAGGCUAUAUUCCUUAGGAAACAAACACAAUGGAGAAUACAGCUGCGGAUGUACAAACGAAAGAAGGAAACCAAAAGAACAAAAUAGUGUAACACUGUAUGACUUCAAUAGUAGUGCAAAAUAAAGUGGCACUCACAAGAUGAAGAGUGGUUAUUCACUCCCCCCCAAAAUGGGACUUCCUCAGGGACCUCCCAAAUGUAGCAACAAAUAAAUAAAAUAACUGCAAUAACAAGGAACAAAAUUAUAUAAAUCACUGAAAAAAACAAGCAGUAUAAAUUCCCCCACUUCUUCCUUUUCCUGGUUUAAAUUCGUAUUCCGGAUCUUCUGACGUCACUUUCAGUGCUUCUAUCUUCCCUGGCGUUAUUUGAUGAUCUAUGAGUUCCACCUACAAAAUAUGGAGUGGAUUCUCACUGUUUAUACGUUUUUCACUCAAAGAAAAAAUAUAUAAUCAUGACCAGCAAAUAAAUGCACUAUUGUAAUCAUCCUAGGGUGAAUAUUAAGGACAUUUUCCCCCUAUGGAAAACUUGCUCUAAUGGAAUAAUGUAGAUAUUAAUGAUAACAUUAAGAGAGACUAUUACGAUGGUGUCUAGGUGUAAUAGAAUCCAUUUGGGGAUUUUUGUCCAAAAAUAAACCCCAAAAAGCUUAAUAUUAUCAUACAUAAUAUAUAAAGCAUGGAAGCAGUCUACAAUGAAAUGUGUAUAAAAAUAAAUUAAAAAGAAAAAGUAAAAAUUUUAUAAGAAAAAAUAAUAAAGAAAAGAGAAAAUAAAUAUAAAAGUAAAUAUAAAUAUGAAAUAAAAUAAAAGAUGAAUGAAACAGAAAAUAAAUAAAUAUAAGUGAAUAUAAGAAAUAGUAGACUGUCUCCAUUUACAUUAUAAGAAACAAAUGAUAUUGAUUAAGACCUCCAGACUCGAGAGAACCUAACUGGUGUAUCCAGUGUUACGACACUCCUUAGUUAAUAUGCCCUCGUGCAGUCCUCACACUCACCAAUGUUUCUGUUUGGCACUGUUUCUCAUUUCUUUUCGUUAAGCACUACACCUGGCCCUUAUUUAGCACCUAUAUAUUCUUGUUUCUCCCCCACUCCCUGUCAGAUCAAUAUCCUUCAUCCUGUACCUGCUGUUUCCUGGUUCCUGUGAUUCUGACUCCUUGCUCCAGUGUCUUGUAUCUUGUGUAUCCUGAUCCUGUGUUCCUGUUCUGAUGUCCUUAUGGUCCUGCGUUCUCGUCUCCCGUUCCAGUGUUCACUUGCAGUGUUCCUACCUAUACUUCAUUUCCAGUGAUUCUGACCUUACGUGUGACCUGCUUUGGGCUUUGCUCCUUGGUGUUUUUUAUUUAGUGCUUGGUGGCUUAGGAUCCGUGCCCCACUUAUAUUCUGUGGUGGCUGCACGAUCCUGCCUAAGGCCUUUACUUUUGCCUAAGGACUAUCAAGUGUACUCUGCCUGCUUUCUUGUGUGUGUGUGUGUGUGUGUGUGUAAAAAAAUAAUAAUAUAUAUAUAUAUUUGUGGCAUUGUACAUAUUUAGUUUUUGUAUAUGAUAUCCUUUGGUUUUCUUUAAUACAUAUUUUCUUGAUUGCUCCAUUCAUCGUGUCCUUACAUUAUUUCUCUGCUAACUUGGUUCCCACAUUUAAAGGGACGGUGCUGUCACAGGGCAGCACCCCUUCAUGUCCUUACAUCCAGAAAGUCUCUCGUUGAGCUAGUUUAUCAUCUCGAUUUCCUCCUCUCCAGUGGGGUUUAAUAUGUUCUAUGGCGAUAAAAACAAAAUUGUUUCCAGUUGAAAACAGGACAACUGUUGCAAUAUGUGGGAACUGUAUGAUUAGUUAUUCUUUUUCUAAUAUUGUUAUAAUGUUCGAGAUUCCUGAUUUUCAGUUUUCUGUUAGUUUUUCCCACAUAUUGCUUGCCACAUGGACACUGCAACAAAUAUAUUACAUAGUCCAUAUGGCAAUCUACAGUAUCCUUAAUCUUGUAUCUUUUUCCGGAUACCGUGCUGAAGAAAUCCCUUUGGAUUCCUGUUAUGUUAGCAGCUUUUUUACAGGCUCUACAGUCUAAACAGCCUCUAAAACCAGACAAUUGUGUUAUGUAAUUUUUUAUUUAUUUAUUUAUUAUUGGGUUUAAUACUGUAACUAGGGGCCCGGGAAUCUUUUAGAUUUUUGUUUUUCUUGAAAAUUACAGGACGAUGGUCAGGAAGAAAAGGACCUAGGAUCUUAUCCUCUCUUAAAACAGGCCAAUAUUUCAAUAGCGCUCUCUUAAUUUUGUGCUGAUCAAUAUUAAUUAUUUGGGUAUAAAUGCAUGUUCAAUUUUUUUAUUGAUUAUGUUAUUCUUACAAUGUAAGUUUUUUUUUUUAUUUUAAGUUCUUUUAAUUUAUUUUUAUUUUCCCUUUUUUCUUUAUUAUUUUAUCCAUUUUAUUCAAUUUUUCUUAUUUAUUAUUACUUUUCUUUAUUUUUAUACACAUUUCCUUUGUUUAUAUCCCAUUGUAGACGGCUUCCAUGCUUUAUAUCUUAUGUAUGAUAAUAUUAAGCUUUUUGGGGUUUAUGUUGGGACAAAAAUCCCCAAAUGGAUUCUGUUGUACCUAGACACCAUAGUACUAGUCUCUCUUAAUGUUAUCAUUAUCUAAAUUAUUCCAUCAGGAAGCCCCUUUUGGGGACGAAACGUGUAGGAUUACUUCUAGCAACUUAUUUGUGUUUUUACAUUUUACUAUAUUUUAAGUAUUUUUAUACACUAAUUUUAAUAAUAAAUAGCAGUUUGUUUGCAUCUUGAAUAUCUGCGUCCGGCUCAUUACGCUUCUAGCGCUACCGAGAAAGGAGAAAGGCAUUUUAGAUUAGCCCCCCCACUUUAUCGGGGACCACCCUAAGGCGAAUAACCACUUUUCAUCUUGUGAGUGCCACUUUAUGCGCUAUUAUUUAAGUCAUACAGAGUUACACUAUUUUGUUCUUUUUAUUUUCUUAUUUCGUUUGUAGAUCUGGAGCUGUAUUCUCCAUUGUGUUUGUUUCUUCCAAAAGGGACAUUAACAUUUUGAGACAACUGUCUCAUUUUUUGCACUGGCUUCCUGUCCCCUAUAGCUGUCAAUUUAAAAUACUAACCCCUACCUAUAAAGCUCCAACCAACUCUAGCCCCUCUUAAAUUUCUUCACUGAUUCAUAGGUAUCGGUCCUUCUGCUCUACUGGUGACCUUCUCCUUUCUGUUGCUCGCACCCUUACUGCAAAUUCACAGCUACAAAACUUCUCACGGGCGACUCCUUUCCUUGGGAACAGCCUGCCUACCCCUGUCAGACUCUCCCCUAGUCUUCAAUCAUUUAAGAAGUCCCUCAAACCCCAUCUUUGCUUAUGGCCUCCCAGAGUAACUUCUAUCUCUCAAACUUUCCUCUUGCUCUCUCCUAUAGGGCCACACUCCAUUCUCACCUCCAGCUCUGCUACUUUCCCACCAUGUCUGUUUGCUGUCUUUCUCAAUACCCUUCCUAUUGUGUUUUUAUACCCCACCUCCUCUAGACCUUAAGCUCGUUUGAGCAGGGUCCUCAACUACCUAUUGUUCCUGUUACAUUUUGUUAUUUGGUAUAUUCCCCUUUUAUUGUAAAGCGCUGCAGAAUAAGCUGGCUCUAUAUAAAUACCAUUAAAAAUAAUAAUUUAAAAAGCGUUAGAAAUAUGUAAAUAUAUAUGUUUUUUUUUUUUAUAUUUACCUACUUCUUUCUGAUGCUUUCUAUACUCACUCCAGGGUAGACGCUGAUCUAGCCAAUCAGUGUCCUGUCCCUAGGAAUACUGGAAAAGUGUGUUGUGCAUGCCUGACAGAUUUACACUCGUAGUUCGAAGAUGUCUUCACCGUGCAACAUCCUGGGGGGGAGAAGAGAGGGAGUCUGAUCAGUGUGAUCAUGCGGAGCAGACCCCAGUGUUAGGUCUCUCUCCCCUGCUGCUACACAAUAAUGCCCUGUGUAUGUCGUUAGUAAACUGGUCUGAAACUGAGAUGGAUGUGUGGGGAAGGGUGAAGCUGAAGAAACUCCCCUUGCUGAAAGGUGUGCCCAAUAAUGCAAUCUCUUUAAAUAUAUUGGUUUUAAUAUUUAGGAUGUCCCCUUAAUUAUUUAUAAAGCGCCAACAAGUUCCAUAGGUGAGUUUUAAUGACAGUACUAAUGGGAACAACAAACAAAAAACAAUAUAUCCAAAUGUCUAUGAAGUGGUUUGCUUAGUAAGCUUCCUAUUUGCUUGCCAGGACCCUAGAACGCUUUAGCCCCAGUUGCCAAAGCUUGACUGGGAUCUCUGUGGAGCUUUUUCCUUCCAGGCAAGUAUAAUCCCCUCUGCCUAUUCCUCUGUCUGUAAUGUGAUAACUUGUCUUUAUUAAAACAGAUGCGGCUCUCAGGCCUCGCUCUCUUUCUGAUUUGCCCCUGAAGGAUCGUACAGCCAGCCAACAGGUCUGAAGACUCUGUUACUGGGAUUCCUAAAUAUCCACACAGGACACAGUUCCAAAAGUAGCUAACAUACUCAGCUUUAUUUUUUAGCGGGACUAGCCCAUAUGCUCAGAACAUUAAGGUUACUGUAACAACUUCAAUAAAAUACAAAUAACCAAAUCAUAUCAGACAACAUACAGGAACUUAUAAUGACAUUUAUAAAGAGCUGGGGAAGACAAUAAUUAUCACAAAAUAUCCCUCCUGCCUGCAGAAUAAGCAAUAUGCAAAUUUACAAGCCCUGCUAUUCAGGUAGGUCAUAUAGCUGUUACCAAUAUAGUGUGCUAUACAGGCUCCAUAGUCAAAUCCACCUAGUUGUUAACAAGCAUCAGAAGGACAAUAGAGCACACAAAUACAUUAUACACACCUUGUAAAAUAUAAUGGGCACAGGGUUACUUAGACAUAGGAGUCCAGGUUCUUACAUAGAGUGUUCAUCUGAAACUCCUGGUGACAGUGAUUACCAUCACAGACUGUAAUGAGUACUUUACAAAAUGUGAAUAUGCCAAAAACCUGAAUAACCUGAAUGAUAGCUGCUUGUGUAAAAUAUGAUCCCCCUCACCUUUUUCUGUAAAAUAAAACUUGAACCCUGGAAACUGGGAGAUUAGAGAGGUCAAUGCGUGGCUGAAGUCUUGGUGCAGGAAAGAGGGUUUUGGGUUUUUAGAGCACUGGGCCGAUUUUGCGCUUGAGUACAACCUGUAUAGUCGUGAUGGAUUUCACCUAAACGGAAGAGGGUCUGCUGUGCUGGGGGAUAGGAUGGCUAGAAGGUUGGAGGAGAUUUUAAACUAGUAGUAGAAAAUGGAGAUAGGAUAGAAAGGAGAUGGGCUUUAGCUCAGAACAAAGAGGGUGGAGAUGGGGGGAGGGGAAAGCUCAGAACAGAGGAGGUAUGUAAUAUUGAUAAUUCACAAAAUGUACAAAUGACUCAUGAUAAUUUUAAAUGUAUUCUUACUAAUGCAAGGAGCCUAUAUAACAAAAUGGGGAAACUAGAGGCAAUAGCAUACAUUAAACAAUAUGAUAUAAUAGACAUAACAGAAACAUGGUGGGAUGAGACACACGACUGGGCAGUUAACUUAAAUGGGUACACGUUAUUUAGGAAGGAUAGGAAAAACAAGAAGGGUGGUGGGGGAUGUUUGUAUGUCAACCAUAGUUAAAGUCAAAUCUUAGGUAUGUGGAGUGUGACGAGGAAAAUGUAGAAGCUUUAUGGGUAGAUAUCUGCUUGGGGCAAACGAAGGGAAAUCAAUUAUUGGUUGGGAUAUUAUUAUUAUUAUGGUAUUUAUAUAGCGCCAUCAAAUUCCGCAGCACUUUACAAUGGGCGGACGAACAGACAUGUAGUUAUAACCAGACAAGUUGGACACACAGGAACAGAGGGGUUGAGGGCCCUGCUCAAUGAGCUUACAUGCUAGCGGGAGUGGAGUAAAAUGACACAAAAAGGUAAGGAUAGUAUUAGACUAAUGACAGUUGCAGAAGAGGAAUCAGUCAGGAGCUAUUAACAGUUUAAUUGAUACGCUUUUAUGAAGAAGUGGGUUUUUAACGAUUUUUUGAAGGAGUGGAGACUGGGUGAGCAUCUAACAGAGGAGGGAAACGAGUUCCACAGGAACGGUGCAGCCCUUGAGAAAUCUUGAAGGCGAGCAUCAGAGGUGGGAGUGUGGACAGAAGAUAGACGUAAGUCUUCAGCAGAUCGUAAGGGCCUAGACGGGACAUACUUGUGUAUAAGGGAGGAUAGAUAGGUGGGAGCAGCAUUAUGUAGAGAUUUGAAAGCAAGAACCAGAAUUUUAAACUGAGCUCUAUAUUUUCUAGGAAGCCAAUGUAGGGACUGACAGAAGGGUGAGGCAUGGGAGGUGCAGGCUAUGUUAUAAACCACCUAAUGUAAAUAUUAAUGAGGAAGAACAGCUGUCAGAGCAAAUUGGGAAAGCUGCAAAUCGGGGUAACACGUUAAUUAUUGGAGACUUUAAUUACCCGGACAUAAAUUGGGAUAGAGCGACUAGUACUUCAGCAAGGGGAAUCAGGUUUUUAAAUGUGUUAAAUGACACCUUUACGUCACAACUGGUACAAGCACCAACUAGAAACGAUGCUUGUCUGGAUCUCGUUAUAACAAACAAUGCUGAUCUUUUAACCAACAUUCAAGUAGGGGAGCAUUUGGGAAAUAGUGAUCACAAUAUGGUAAUUUUUGAAAUAAACUCAAAAAGCAAAAGCACGUGGAAUAUACUAAAAUAUAGUGCUCUGAUGGACACUCACUCCCAGCUACUCAGAAACAACAGAGCAGGUAUCGGGUAGUGGCGGGACUCCCCCUGUCUGUGAGGUCUCGGGACCACCAUGAUGGCAGCCCUCUCCACUGGGCCGAUUAACCAGGCUGAAAUUCCACUAAAGUGACGUAGACAUAGCCUGAAUAUAGCAUUAUAAUUUUAAAGCACUAGCCUGUUAAUAUAGCUAGCAAUGUGUUCCUGCUUCAGUAUGUUUUUCCCUGUCUUUGCCUUAACUUUGCAGGCUUAUAAUACAUUUGCAACUAUUGUGGCAAAUAGUAAGCUUGGUAAAAACUAUAAAGCUGCAAUGUAUAAUUGGAUAUAGGCACUUACCUGCCAUUAGCAUGGAAUUAGCAAACAUACAGCACUACAUGUCUCAACCCUGCAGCACAUAGUCUAUAUACAUGUACCUGAAAAUGUUGUAAACUCAUCCUUAAUUCUACACUUAUGUUAUAUGCACAUACUAGCUCUUGACACAGCAUAAUAAUAUCAUAACUAGAUAGUAAAGCGCUGUUGCACUGUGUAAUACCUAAGCACCCUAAGAGACGAAAACAUAUAUUGUUUAGCACUCAUCAUAUUCCUAUAUAAAAAAUGUGCUAGAUCUACCAUGUACCUCUAUGUUCAACUGUUAAUUAUCAGCUGGAGGAUUGCCUUUGGGGUACCUCACAUGCAUCUGUUCAAAGCUUAUGCACUACAAAAAUAAAGAAUAAAAAAAAAAAAAAUAUUAGAAAGGUAAAUUUCUCAGUAUGUACCAUUGGGUAAUAAAUAAAAAAAAAGAGACAAAUUAAAACCAAUGUGGCUUUGUAGAAAAGUAAAACAAGAGAUUAAAAAUAAGGGCAUUUAAAGCAUUUAAAUCGGACAAAUCAGAGGCAUCCUAUAUAAGAUAUAAGGAAGCCAAUAAUGCUUCCAAAAAGGCAAUUAAAGUGGCUAAACUAGAAAAUUAGAAAUUGGUAGCCAAAGAAAGCAAAACUAACCCCCAAAAUUUUUCAAGUACAUCAAUUCUAAAAAAACAAAAAAUGAAAGUGUAGGUACACUGGAAACAGAAAUGGGUUUGUUAGCUAAUGAAGACCAGGAAAAAGCAGAAAUUUUAAAUAACUAUUUUUCUUCAGUAUAUAUUAAUGAGGAUCCUAUGGCAAGAGAUAUGCAAAUGAUUGCUGCAAAAAACUUGCAGAUAACUUGUGAUUGGAUAACUCGAGACAAGGUGCUACAGCUAUUAAAGAAAAUUAAUGUAAAUAAAGCUCCGGGGCCUGAUGGUAUCCACUCACAAGUACUUAAGGAGCUAAGUGGGGAAAUAAGUGAACCUCUGUAUUUAAUUUUUCAAGAUUUUAUUUCAGGUAUUGUACCAGAGGAUUGGAGGAAGGCAGAUGUUGUUCCUAUAUUUAAAAAGGGUUCAAAAUAUUUAAAGGGCUAUUAAGGGAUAAUAUUAAGGAAUUCAUUGGGAAGAACUUUGUUAUUAGCAAUAAUCAGCAUGGUUUUAUGAAACAUAGGUCAUGUCAAACUAACCUAAUUGCAUUCUACGAAGAAGUAAGUAGAAGUAUAGAUCAGGGUGUUGCAGUGGAUCUGAUCUACUUGGAUUUUGCCAAGGCAUUUCAUAUGGUUCCUCACAAUAGGUUGGUCUUCAAACUAAAAGAAAUUGGUCUAGAUGAAUAUUCUUGUUCUUGGGUAGAACAUUGGCUUAAGAAUAGAGUACAACGAGUUGUCAUUAUUGGUAAAUUUUCAGGCUGGACAAAAGUGGUAAGUGGUGUCCCUCAGGGUUCUGUUUUGUGACCGCUUUUAUUUAACAUAUUUAUAAGUGAUCUUGAAAUAGGCAUUGAAAGCCAUGUAUCAGUGUUUGCAGAUGACACUAAACUUUGUAAAGUAAUAAAAUGUGAGCAGGAUAUUGCUUUGCUGCAGAGGGAUUUGGAUAGAUUGGGGGACUGGGAACUAAAAUGACACAUGAAAUUUAACAUAGAGAAAUGCAAAGUUAUGCACUUUGGGGUUAAGACUGCACAAGCAAUUUACACCCUAGUGAAUUAGGGAUAACCACACAUGAGAAGGAUUUGGGAAUUGUUAUAGACAACAAAUUAAACAGCAAUAUGCAAUGUCAAUCUGCAGUUGCUAAGGCCAGUAAGGUUUUGUCAUGUAUAAAUAGGGGCAUAAAUUCUCGGGAUGAAAAUAUAAUUUUGCCUCUUUAUAAAUCGCAGGUAAGACCACACCUUGAAUAUACUGUGCAAUUUUGGGCACCUGUUCUAAAGAAAGAUAUCAUGGCACUAGAAAAAGUGCAGAGAUGAGCUAAAAAAUUGAUAAAAGGAAUAAAGCAUUUUAGUUACGAAGAAAGGUUAAAGAAUUUAAAUCUGUUUAGUUUGGAAAAACGGCGCCUGAGAGGGGAUAUGAUAACAUUAUACAAAUAUAUUCAGGGCCAGUACAAACCUUUCUCUGGAAAUCUAUUCAUAAACAGGGCUAUAUAUUGCACACAUAGUCACACAUUUAGGCUGGAAGAAAGGAGAUUUCAUCUAAGGCAAAGAAAAGGUUUUUUUACAGUAAGAGGAAUAAGGAUAUGGAAUUCUCUGCCUGAAGAGGUGGUUUUGUCAGAGUCUAUACAGAUGUUUAAACUGCAAUUGGAUAAAUACUUGCAAAAACAUAAUAUUCAGGGAUAUAGUUUCUAAUUAGUGGGGUAAUAUCUGCUUGAUCCAAGGAGACAUCUGACUGCUAUUUUGGAGUCAAGAAGGAAUUUUUUCCUAGUUUGUUGCAAAAUUGAAAGCGCUUCAGACUAGGUUUUUUGCCUUCUUUUGGAUCAACAGCAAAAACAUAUGUGAGGAAGGCUGAACUUGAUGGAUGCAAGUCUCUUUUCAGCUAUGUAACUAUGUAACAUCUCAGUCGUAGAUACUGUCUAAUGUAUUUACACUAAAUAGCUGCUCAAUUUCAUAUUCUAAACAUUCAAAUACGGUUUUACUCAAGAUAAAAAUACACUUAUGGAAGAAUAGGUUUGCCACUUGAACUUCCAGCAAAAAGUACUUUGACUAAAGAGGAACAGGGAAUAUUAUAGAUGUCACUCUAUAGCUUUGGCUAUUAAUACUUUCUUCUGCCAUUGGCAGCAUUCUGCAGGGUAGCUGUGUGUGGACAUUGUUAUGUGAGCAACAGAAAUUGGUUAGUUUGCCCUAGAGCCUAUGAUAUAUUGAGACCAAACCAUUUCCAGCCAAGUACCUCUAGUCUCACCAUUUUGUAACAGGUGUUAACCAUUUUCUAGAAUUAUAUGUGUAGAACGUAUUGAGAAAUCCUAGCUUCCUGAAUGACAAUUGACAUUUUAGGUCAUAUCAAUAUUACUUAUAGGGUAAGUUACAAAAGUGAGAAUUCAAAGUGAAUUUCAAAUUUAAGGCCAGAGUAGCUGAAAUGAAAGCAUAGCUAACUGAAGGAAUUUUUCCAGUUAAUCUGUUUUCACUUUAACUGUAAAAUCUUCUUUGAAUUGAUGUUGAAUUCUGACUUUUGUGAUUAGCCCUGUACGUAGAGGUAGACCAUAAGUUAUUGGCUAUUGGUGAUUCUUAGAGCAACCAACAGGUGUUGUCAAGAUAGAAGGCCUUCUCUACUAUUAUUUGGUACAACACCAGUCAUCAAAGGAGUUCUGCUAUCAAUGAGAUAUUUUAAGGGUCUCCUUGGGUUGAGAUAAGAAUAUAAUUAACCAAUGUCUAUUUUGAACUUCUGCCUUCUCUUAACAGCUAAAUGUUAAAUAAUGAAUGACAAAUGUUUUAAUUGUUCAUAUCCAAAGUCUUCCAUAGUGAAUGACAGUAAUAAAGUAGACGUAAAAAAGACUCCUCAAAAGAACAUGCAAAUUAGCUAUGCCAUAUGCUAAAGGCUGUUUUGUUAAAUAUUAUAACAAACAAUAGAUUAACAUCUGGAACACGUUUGCCAGAUCACAUUCACAGGGCUUGAUAUAUUUUCUGGCUCUGGGGCGAACUUUAAAAUAUGCGUCACAGUUGACAGCUAAACAAUAGAUGAAGUAUUUUGCCUUGUUUCUGUUAUAACGGUAUUUUUGGCAAAAAACAAACAAAACAAAGAACAACCCCCCAGUUGUGGCUUGUAUCUGGCAUUGUAAAUGUCUUCUUCUUUGGAACACUCCAAAGUGAAAAAUGAAAAAACAUAUUACUAGUUGCACUAGAUUAUAUUUAGGAUCCCCUUUUAAUAAAGAAAAAUAAAUUCAACUAGAUUUCCUUCACUGUAGCCUGAUCUACCAAUGGUGAGAUUGUCAAUUCUAUUUUAUUAUUUCAUUGCAGACAUAUGGCUUGUGUGCUGAAAUCACCGCAAUUCGCCAGUACCUUGCUUUUCCUAGAUUUGUGACAAAAGUGAUUUAUAAAAGUGCUGAUUUCUUUUGAAAUCAGCACUUUUAUAAUAUAAGUCUGCAGGGACUUACAAUCAACACCUGAAGUAAACAGGCUGUAGGAGUAUGGAGUCGGUGUUAUUUAAAAUUGUACCCGACAAGGUAAUCACAAGCUUAUUUAUCUUUGGAAUACAUUAAAUUCCAUCUAUACGUUUUAUUGGCACAUUUAUAGAUUGGAAGAAAAAAACUAUUUAAAUAUACGUUCCUCCUCCACCUUUCAAUCAUUUCAUUGACAUGGAGUCAACAUUGACUGACUGGGAAGUUCUCUGGCACAACUACAGCUAAUGCAUCAUGUCAAUCUAUGUCAGACUAUCAAUAAAAGCCUAACGUAUUACCAUUGUACAUGGUUUUUUUUUCGUUAUAGAUGCUGAUGAAAACGGAACUCCUCAUCAGGGAAAAUGAUUGGAACGAGCUUUUAUUAUACAUGCAAGCGUGCUUUGCCUCUACGCAAAAGAAUAGUUUCUUUGCACUCCGCGGUGAAAGAUCUCCGACUAGUUCUGGGUAUAGAGACAAGUUGCGAUGACACAGGAGCUGCUGUUGUGGAUGAGAAUGGCAGAAUUCUCGGAGAAGCUAUUCAUUCCCAGAAAGAAGUUCAUCUAAAGUAAGGGACCUUAAGUGAACUAUGUGUGUGGCUAUGAAUAAAUUAAGAACCCGUGACUGUCAUUGCUAUUUCAUGCCAUAUUUUCUGUAUGUAUGUGUGUGGCUAUGAAUAAAUUAAGAACCCGUGACUGUCAUUGCUAUUCCAUGUCAUGUUUUCUAUGUGUAUUGGUUAUUUUGGUAGCUGAGUGUGCAGCCUGUUAUGAAAUAACAUUGAUAAUUGAGGACAGGCUUAAAGGGACACUCCAGGCAUCCAGACCACUUCUACCCCUUGGAGUGGUCUGGGUGCCAACUCCCACCACCCUUAACCCUGCAAGUGUAAUUAUUGCAGUUUUUAUAAACUGCAAUAAUUACCGUGAAGGGGUUAAGUCCUCCUCUAGUGGCUGUCUAUCAUACAGCCACUAGAGGGAUUUCCGUGUUCUUAGAAAACGAAAAGUGUUUUAAACGACCCUGGAGUUCCUCACGCUAUGCACGAGAAACUACAGCAUUGCCAGAAUUCCCAUAGGAAAGCAUUUAUUAGACAGCCACUAGAGGAGGACUUAACCCUGCAAGGUAAUUAUUGCAGUUUAUAAAAACUGCAAUAAUUACACUUGCAGGGUUAAGGGUGGUGGGAGUUGGCACCCAGACCACUCCAAUGGGCAGAAGUGGUCUAGGUGCCUGGAGUGUCCCUUUAAUGGUGCAUGCAUAAAAUAAGUCAAACCACUCAUUUAGUAUGUAAUAUAUGUAAAACUAUACUGAGAAGUAACUGUGAAAAAUCACACUUGCUUGGAUGAGAGUUAUUCAAAUCAGAUCUCAUUGUUGGUCAUCAAUUUUUAAAUGUAGGUUAAUACCAUCCACCAGCUGCUUUCUACUUUUAACUUCUUUGUAAUCAAACAAGCAAUGUAAUCAAUGUACAGGCAACAAAACAGAACCAUACUAUAGAGCAGGGCUUGACAAAUUUGCUUUCAAUCUAGGAGCCAGAUAAAAAAAGUUAGGAGCCAGGUUUUUUUCCAACGACAAAGAUACAAUUCUUAAAGGCACACUUUAGUCACCAGAACUACUGCAGCAUAAUGCAGUGCUUGACAAAUUUGCUUUCAAUCUAGGAGCCAGCUAAAAAAGUUAGGAGACAAAAAUACGAUUCUUAAAGGGACACUAUUGUUGCCAUAACUACUACAGCUUAAUGUAGUGGCUCGGGUGUCUAUAGAUGCAGGCUUUUCAAUGUAAACUCUGCCUUCUCAGAAAAAAGGCAGCGUUUACAUUGCUGCCUAGUAACAUCUCUAGUGGCCAUCACUCAAACGGCCACUAAAGUGUCUCCUACUUCAGUGCUGCGCAAUGUGCAGCACCUACAUACAUUCCUUGUAGAGAUUAAUUGAUGUAUUGCAUCUCUACGAGGAGAUGCUGAAUGGUAAUUGAUACUCUCAAAUAUGGAAGCAGGCCAGCUGCAGCAAGACUGGCACAGCGUUGGAAAAAAGGUUAGUAAGAACACCAUUCCCAUGCGAUCAGAGAGGACUGGUGAUCUAAACACACACACACACUGACAAACAGACACACUCUGACAGAUACAUACACUGACACGCACAGACACAAAGUAUUUAUUUGAUACACUCAAACGGAUACACACACACAAAGAUUCAUAGAUACACAAAGACAAAUACAAAUAAAGGCAUACACACACACACACUAAUAAAUGUAUUUUUAAAAAAAACAUAUUUUUAGCCACCCUAUUUCCUACCUUUUGGGCUCAGGAGGGAGUAGCUCAGCUGCUUCCUCCGGUGCUGAGGCUGCGCAUGGGAAUGGGCGGCCAACCAGCUUUGCAGAAUAGGGGUGGGUUGGAUGCCGACUCUGAGAAAUGUGUACGGGCCAACUCAUUUGAGGGCGUGCAGGAACUUUGAAAUGCGGGUUGGCGGACAGGCUCAAAGGAAUAAGGGCGGGCCGGCUCUAAGGAACGCGGGCAGACGGAGCGGCUCUGAACAAUAUGGCCGGGCAGACUCGGAGGAAUGCGGGCGAGCUACAAGCAGGCAGUCUUUAUAUGUUGCCCUUCCAGCUUGAAAUUCCUCUGCGGAAGGAGGAUGGAGGGAACGGGCCGACCAUGACCUGGCGACCUGCUAUAAGCAUUCUUGGUCUAAAAGCACUUCUUUUAUAGCUUUGUUUUUUUUCCAAAUUGCUACCAUUGUUUAUAUUAUGCUUUCAACUUUUUUGCAACUUCUUUGACUGAGGACCAGAACAUUUUAAAACAUAUAUACCAAUGGUAGCUCUAGUGGAGAAGUCAAGAGGGGACACAUGCGUAUGGAAAAGGGUGGGGGGCUGCACACACUCACCACCAUGGAAAUCCUUCUCGAAGGCAUUGAUACAAAAUGGAACCAUGACUACUCGAGAGAAAAUAACCUGGCUAUUGGCAUCAGUGUCUCCAGCAUUCACUAAGCUUCCCUAACUAUACUCUACAUCUACAAAAUCUGGCAGACAACUUCUUAACAUAAUUGAGCUGUACAACAAUGUUCGAAAUUAUGUACAGAGCGGAGGGAAAAGCUCAUACAGAAGAUACCUAUCUGUUCAUUACCUCCCUUUGCUCCUUAUAAGAACCGGGUGCUGCGAUACCCCGGAAUUGCAACUGUUUUUUUUAUGUCUGUCCUUUAAUGCAUUGUUAUGCUAUGACAAAAUUAAAAUAAAGAAUAUAUAUAAAAACAAAAGAGGGGACACAUGGCCAGAUUUCCAUAACACAUUUCUAAAACAUAGCAGAUAAUAACUCGAGAUUAGAGCUGUUUGCCUUUAUACAGACUCUUAUCUCUUGUUGCCAAAUUACUUUAAUUACUGAAUAUGCUAUUGUUAUUGACUUGCACAAACAGGAGUGGAAUGAUGUAGCUUAUUCCCAUAAGCAUUCUUAUGAAAAGCAGGCUUGGAAACAUUUCAUGGCUCACAGGACUAAUAUGUUUUACAGACAUAGUGUGUGAAAACAGUAUAUUUAAAUGUCUAGCACCUUUUUCCACUUGAUCAAAUUAAGGUAUUGUGAAUCAAGACUCUAUUAAUAUAAAUUAAUAUAUUUAUUUAUAAAUUAUAUAUUUUAAUAUUCUACAAUGUUGAAAAUAUAAUUUUAAUCGUUUAUCCAAAAAUAUUAUAUCCUUUGGAAAUCUUACCCAGCAAUAUUAAAUCUUUCUUCGGUUUUAGGGAAGAUAGGAAAUAGAGCCCAGGUUUGUAAAUAACCACAUGACUUCUACUUAAUACCAUUGAUGCAAAAUUCAUAGCACAAGGGAACCAUAGUAGCCAAGAUUGGUGCCUCUCUGCAUUCAUUUAUUGCAGAGACUCUUCUCAGUAUACAAUAGGUAACAGUGUAAAACAGGCUCCCAGCCAGGCAUGAAUCUGGGUCACUGUAGUAGCUGGAUGGAGUGCUUCUGUAGAGCCAUUUUGUGAAAGCAAUGCAACUUUGGAUCUCUAAUAUCAUAAUCUGAGCCGGCAUGCAAGCUUAGUGGCCUUCUAGUGUUCUUCUGACCUCUGUGCCCCUUGCAAUGUUUUUGUCUGACUCUCAGGUCAGGGUUCAUGGGAAGUCUUUUUAUAACCGUAUUAGGACAUAGAGCUUUUGGUUUCAAAGAACUGCUGAAACUCAAGUUGGAACAGUGUAUAUGUGCCUAAGAUCUGUAGGAUCUUGUGGUCGAUGCAAAGUGUGACUCUGUCUAACAGGGCUCCCAAUUUAGGUUAAGAAUGAGUGCAGUGCCCCAUAAAUGCAAAUUCUCUUUCCUCUGUUACACACAAACUGGUCCAUAAUACAGGAGUGGAGAGGUAACUCCCAUGUGGCCAAAACAGGGGGAAGAAGCUAUAUUUGUGUAUUAAUAAUUUCCCCAGCAGAAUGUGUCAGUGUUGUUGGAGACAAUAGUAUCCAAUGAUAACAUAGACCUUAAAAGGCUUCCUAAAAACUUGAAUUCAAUGAAAUAAUUGUAUAUAUUUUUUUAAAUUGUAUGUAAAGUAAAAGAUUUUGUUCAAAUACAGAGAAAAAAAUCCUUGUUGUAAUAUAUAAUUCUUUGGUUUUUUUUUUAUUGUGCUUAAUGUAAUGCAUUCUCACACUAUUUUUUUUUUCUUACUAUAGGACCGGUGGAAUAAUUCCUCCUGUGGCACAGAAACUCCAUGCAGACAAUAUUGAUAGAGUUGUUAAUGAGGCUCUUGUGUCCAGUGGAAUAACUCCUCAAGAACUUUCUGCUAUCGCCACGACAGUUAAGCCUGGGUUGGCCCUGAGCCUUGGCAUAGGUCUUUCCUACAGCUUAAAAAUGGUGAAUCAAUAUUCCAAACCCUUUAUACCCAUACAUCACAUGGAAGCUCAUGCACUGACUGUCCGGUUAUUACACAAUGUAGACUUUCCAUUCUUAGUUCUCUUGAUAUCAGGUGGUCAUUGCAUCUUGGCUGUAGCUAAAAAUGUAUCGGAUUUUCUGCUGCUCGGACAAUCCUUGGAUGAAGCCCCUGGUGAAACGUUAGAUAAGGUAUUUAUAUUUGUUUUUCUACCAGAGAAAAGGCAUGAUACUCUAUAGUAGCUUUUUGUAAUUAAAUGUUUUACUGAUUUUGCAGAAAUUACAAUUAUACAACUUUAAAAUAAAAUAAAAAACCAUGGUGAAUAGAGAUAGUAGAAUAUAAAAGUAAAAACAAUAAAGUCAGCCUAUACAAAAAUAUAAAGUCAGACUAUGUUAUAUAAAUAAAGUGCACCUUGUCAGAAUGUGAGCAGAAAGCUGUACGUUAUUUAUUUAUUUGUUUGUUUGUGGGGUUUUUUAACGGUAGGGUAGCUGUCCAGUAUUUAGGCAAUGGGUCUCUUAAAACAUAUGAACUAAAAUCUGUUUUACAAAGAUUGCCUUUUCCCAAGUUUUGUAAACCGUUGGAAAUAAGCUAAGACAAAAUAGUCCCUAGUUUGUCUUCGUAGUCUUUUGACUGUGUUGGAAUUUCAAUGGUAUUCAGUGAAAUUCCAACACAAUCAACGUGAGUAUUUCAUAAAGAUUUUAUCUUUACGUAAUAUUUAUUUGAAAGGGUAGUGGUGACAGAGGCUAUUUAGAACAUGGCUGAGAGUUGGAUGCACCUGUUGCAUUUGUCACAGUCAUCUAAAAAGGCUUUGCUUAUUUUAAAAAAAAUCACUCAUUUGAGCUACUAGAAUGAGUUGUCAAGAGAUUUUCCAGGUGACACUACAAAGUUUGGCUCCUGAAUUGAGUAGAGGUUAAAAAAAAAAAAAAUCUUAUGCAUGUUACUAUCCUGGUAAUAUUAUAAACGCCCUUGAUAAAGGCAACCAGGAGGUGCCGAAACGUUGGGGGGUUAUUAUUGAUUCCUGUUUCUGCCCUAUUAGGCUUGUGAAAAUUUUGGUAAACUAUUAUUGUUUAUUAUUUAUGCUUUGUGCCUGUUUUUGUGUCACUUUAUGUAUUACAGUUAUUUUUUGCUUGAACCUAGUAUUGGUUUAUUAAAUCAGGUUAGUUAUUGCUUGUGAUUUCUGGUGUGCAUUCACUUUCUUAUUUUUCUACUAUCCUGGUAAUAUAACAUCCCUCACUGCUGAUGCCAACGCUGCUUAGCUCUAUAUUCUGUAAGAGAACACCUGGGUCAUCAGACUCUAAAAUGUUUGUGUUCUUUGUUUAAAAAUUUAAAAGUGAGGGUCUGGAAGCUCACCAAUUAUAUAAAAUUAAAGAUUUAUGCAGAUAUUGAAAAAAUUAUUUUUCAAAAUAGGUGUAUAAUUUUGCUCAAUAUUCGGUUAGUGAAUUAAUGUAUCUUCCACAAUAUUGUUAUUACUACUAGAUAGUUAUAGUUCAUAACACUAAAUACAGAAUAUAAUUUAAUAAUAUUCCCAGGUACAUUACUUUUCUCAACAGUUAAAUAUUGUUCCUUAGCAUGUACAAUUAAAAUGGCUAGUCAUAGCUUGGCUUAUUUAACCUAAAUGUUAUAAUUUAGUUUAUAAUGGAAUUAUACAGUACACUACAGUACACCACAUGUGAAAAAUACCUCCUUUCUUAUUUGCCACAUUUGGGAGAGCCAUUCAUAUAAUUGCCAUAACUGCUUGCAUGCUCACCUGUACAGGUGCACAUAUGCUCCAUGAUCACAGGGCUAAUUAAGAGUUUCAACAUGCAGUAUGCUGGUGAAGGACUUGUGUAUGGGUUAAAAUGUGCUCUAAUUCUUGGCUAGCGCACUGCGAACUAAUUUAAAUAUGCAUUUGUGUUUCAAUGCCAUGUAUAAAAGUGCAGGAUUAGAUAGUGGGGUAUUUUCACUUAAGUGACAGAGUAAAAUAGGGCAGUAUUAGUUUUGCCAAUAUGGAGUCAAAUAGUACAGUAGCCCAAGUUUCCCAUAGAAUUGAGAGAAAGGAAGGAGUCAAUAUUAUCUUAUUCUUGGAUUUGUUUCCAGAGUAAAGUGAGACUGUGCAGACAAAAUUAUAUUGAUUCUUUCCUCCCACUAAUGUGUAUGAACAAACUUUGCUGCAAAGCAACGCAGAAUAGAAUUUAGGACACUUACUCUAACCUACAGCACUGGUUUUCGCUCUGCAUAGAAAUUAAUUCCUGUGCCAUGGCUCAAUUCAACACCCUCUGUUCCUUCUAUACAGCAUCUAUCUUCAAAUUUCUAACUUCUAACUUUGUAAAUUGGAGGCCACAGAGUAUAUUAUUAGGAAUCUUUGCAGGCUUGACUUGUAUAGAAAAGAACCAAUAAUUAUAUAAUAAUUAUAAUUUUUACAAAGGGAUGCUAUAAAAUUACUAAAACAUUGUAUCCUUGUCCAAUUUCUGCAAAGGAUCAAUAGGAAAAAGAUCAAUGGAUUCUGUAAAUUUUUUUUGGGGGGGUUUUGUAUUUGUAUUUAACAAAAAAAAAUUUAGUAGUAAAAUAGGAGUUACUGGAAUAUUUUGAAAAUUUGGUGAAACUGCCCAGUAUAUUGUAGAUAUUCUAAAGCACUAUCCAUUACAAUAAUCCAUCCAUUCAAUAGGUUUCUAGGAGGCUGUCUCUUAUAAACCACCCUGACUGUGCCUCUAUGAGUGGAGGACAAGGAAUAGAGCACUUAGCUCAGAACGGGAACAGGAAACUCUAUAAUUUUAGAAUUCCAAUGUCACAGCACCAAGACUGCAAUUUCUCUUUUGCCGGACUGCGCAAUCACAUCAAUCAUGUCAUCCGAAAAAAAGAAAUGGAGGAAGGUACUUGAGAUUCAUCAUACUUGUUUUUUGGGGACCUCAUGAUAUAGGCACUGUUAAAUAUAAUACAUGUAUAUGCUAUAAGAAGGUUCACACUGAUUAACAAUUAUGUGUGUGUAUGGAUGUGGUUUGUUUGUUAGUAUAUGUGUAAAUUAUCUUUAUUGUAUAAUGCGGUGCAGACAUACAUGCACACAAAGAUGACUCCUCCAAGUAACACCUAAUAUAAACCACUUCAUCUUAAGGGAUAUUGUUAUGUGGGGACAACUAGGUUACUACAUUAUGUUAAAUGUUAUAGAUGUGAUACAUGACCAAAGUUUUUUUUUAAAUUGAUUGAUAUUGAUCGUUUUUCGUAAUUACAAUUAUAAUAUCAUAUCAGUAUUGUUUGAUGUAGAUUGCCUACAUCACAUUAAAGGAUCACUUCGUAAAACAAAUGUCUUUUUAAUAGUUUUAUAGAUAUAGCCCCAAAGAAAACAUGCAUGUAAUUAUUUUUGCAUUGUUUCUUUGGGCGGAUUUAAAAUAUUGAUUUGUAAUACUGAAAGGGCUACUCUUCUAAACUAAUAACCAUUGAAAAGGUUCUCAUAGAGAAGCCUUGCAGAGCAGGCGUGCUCGCUCAGCGCUGUCCAGUUGUAGACUUCUAAGUAAGCUGUAUUCUUCUUUAAGAAGUCUUUGAAAGGACAGAACUGUCCACAAGUGUAUACCAUUGUUUUUCUCCAUGGAUCUAGAAGGAGGAGGCAUCCAUGGAGUAGGGGCUAUCAUGUUUAAUUUAUAAAAGCACUGAUUUCUAUGGAUUUGGCACUUUUAUAAAAUGAAACAAAAAGAACACACUCUUCACAUAUAACGUCCUUUGGCAAGCUAAAGUUGUUUAUCUGUUUUAAAUUUUUUGUUAACACAUUCUUUAGAAAACUGCAAACGUUGUUUCUUUUUAUUUGCCAUAUUUUGCAGGUAUACAACAGGGACAGAUUCUCUCUUGCAUUGCAGAUAUUGCUGCUGCCACACAAUACACAAUAGCUUUCCACAUAGCAAAACGUACUCAGCGAGCUAUAUUGUUCUGUAAGAAGGAAUGUCUAUUGCCAUCCACAGCUGCGACUUUGGUAAGUGUAUUCAUUAUAAAUAUGCAUUUAACAAAGUUUCUAUAAUGCCAAGAAUACAGCUUUGUAUACCUGGCACUAUAGUAUCCCUUCAAUUGAGAUGAAGUGGUCUGGGUGAUUAUAGUGGAUUAAAGGAACACUCCAGGCACCAUAAAAACUAAAUUGAUUUAACCCAAAUGUCCAGUAUCCAUUGCCUGAUCACUCUGCCCCCUGUCUUUCCAGAGCUCAUAAUUUUGAGAGAUUACGGUAGCUGAUGUGCUAAGCCAAUCACUAGCUCCCCAUUCACGAAACAGCUUGAGGAAAAUACAUACGUUUCUCAAGCUUUUUUAUGAAUGGGGAACUACUGAUAGGCUAAGAGUGCCAGCUAACACUCUCAGCCAAUUCGCGGUGCCCCUGGCCGAGGCUUUCUCUUUCAAUAUUUUGAGCAGCGGAAUGAUAUGGGGCAAACGAUCGGGUGCUAGGUACUGCACUUUAGGGUUAAACUGUUCCUGAAUGGUUUACCCCUAAAGGUAAACAGAUGCCAGGGAUAUUUUUGCACCAUAAAAACUUUAUUCUAGUUAAGUUGCUAUGGUUUCAAGAGUGUUACUUAAAUUUUUUCCCCAGCAGAGAUUAAUCAUCAGUAUUUGUGGAUGGCUGCAUAGUAUUUAGCAGGCAGGCUUUCCCUCCAAUGGCCAUUGGAGUAACUAAAUAACCUCCAUUUGUUUAAAUAUACAUAGGGAUUUGGGGAGAGAGUGCAGGUAACUUUUUUUCUUUGGUUUUUACUGUAUUUAUUGGGGCUGAUGUGUACUAUGGUCAUUGUUGCCGCCCAGGAGUAGUGGGAGUUUGAGCGGAGGACUUGUUUUUUUUGUAAAUGGGUCUUUUAUGUUUUCUUAUAAAACCCUACACACAAACUAGCUCUAAAUAUAGGGUGAAUAUUAUGACAUAGUUUAGAAACUAUAAAAAAGUGUUAUCCUCCAGAUGACUAAAUUCAUACCUUUGCUGUCUUUUGUAUAAGGUUGUGUCAGGUGGUGUGGCCAGCAAUGGUUACAUCAGAAGAGUUCUUAAAAGUGUAACUGAUUCAAUGGAUAUGGCUUUGUUGUGUCCGCCACCAAAACUCUGUACAGACAAUGGCGUAAUGAUCGCCUGGUGAGUACUGUGAGGAGGGUUCUCAUGUACAUUAAUCUAGUUGAUUCUAAUCCUGCAUCAGUUUACUGGAAUGUGUUUCAUGCAGGAAGUGAAUGAUCUUACUACUUACUGAUUAUACUUUUCAGGCAAAUGAAUGUAUAAAUUCAUACUUUUGGUUGCAUUUAUGUGACAACCAUACGUUGCAUUAAAAAUAGUUGAGAAUGGGAGAAAAUGUUUAUCUUUUAAACAGUGUGUGCUGCUUUUAAUAGCAUGUUCUAUCAAUGCUGCAUAGUGUUAACCUACAUUUAAGUUGCAGGAAAUAGAGAACACAAGCCUUGAACAGAGUCAGACAAAUUUAUGACAAGGUCAUGGAGAAACUUUAUGCCACCAUAGAGAAAUUAAUAUUUACUAGGCUUAUGCAUUUGCUUUUGGACAAAUUGCAAUUAGCCACAAUCGCGAACUGGGACAGCUAUACAAAUAGCUAUCACAUUAACGGAUGGCAGAUAACACAACACCACACAGGACCACACUACAGGCCUAAAACCCCACCAUGCCCAACCCCCAGACACACAAGACAUCACAUAACCAAACAAAAACUAGAUCGACCAGGAAAAGACAACACAACGAAAGAGGCACCACAGAUAUCAGACAAACCAAACAGAGGAACACACAAGCACGACACCUCCACGCAGACACACAGGGCCACAAACCACAUACACGCAGACCACACCAAUGGACCACUCAACAACGCCAGGCACCAAGGAGGGCCAUACAUGCGACAUAACAUGAGACAGCGGAGAAACUAUAUUAUAAGCCAGAGUACACCAUCCCGGACAACCGGCAGGCAUAAAACGCGGCAAAAAGCCACGGCAAAAGACACUGAAGUCAGGGCGAGAGGGAAGGCACAGCCAGCGAAGCACCGACUCAGUCACACACCCAAAAUACAUGGCACGCACACAACGGAGGGUACACUACAAAUGACCCAGCCCACGUGAAAACACCACAGAGCCACCACAAAACACAGCUGCCACAGUAGCCAACCCCCCCAAAAAAAAGCAAACUACAUUUACCCACGCAAAACAGCGAGCGGCUCCAUCCGACUCAAACACAGGUACAGGCGUCCAACAACACACCCGAUAGCAUAAACAAUAAAACUGAAAGCCAUCAUAGUAAGGGUUACAAUAGGUACACAACCAUGUACGAAACUAAAUGCUGCAAAAAAAGUGACUCAAUUAUAUUGCCUCUGCGCAGGUAACAACUCGAUUUUAUACACAUGUAUUGAUAAUUACGCCUCUGCGCAGGCACUUAUCCACUUAAACACUAAUACGUUUGCUUUGGAAUUUAUGUUGUGAAACCAAUAAACAUUCUAUACAAAUUGCAAUUAGUUCAAAUUUAGGCCACAAUUUAAUAUAUAAAUAUAGAUUUUUUUCUUUUUUUUUUUUUUACUGCUCCUCGUCUUUUUUUUCUUUCUAUAACUUUAUCUCACUCAAUUUGUGAAUAAAAAAAAUUAUUUUAUAUCUAUACUAUUUAUAUUAUGUGUAUUUUUUGCUACACAUUUUUGUGCCAUUUUUGAUUGGUCUGAAUCGUUUUUCUGAAUAUUUUUGGAUGGUUGAUACCACCACACGGGCAACUAUCAAACUACCCAAAGCAAAUUCUGUUUUUGGACAAAGUGAUUUGGCUGAUCGAAAAUUUUGUAACAUGCACAAGUCCAGACCUGUAGAUUUAUUUAUGUCUCCCUCUCAAGAAUCAUUUGUUCUGGUCACAGACAACCCAUCUCUCUUACCCAUAUACACAAAGCAUGCAAGACAGUGUGCAAAUACACAUGUUAAAAUAGGAUGCAGGCCAGUAAAAAAUGCAUUUAGAAAGAAUCACAAAAUGUACCUUUGUUUUCAGGUAAAACCCUUACUUCACGGUAAAAAAACAAGUAAUUAAGGUGUACUAUGUGUUUUUUAGGAAUGGCAUUGAAAGGUUACGUGCUGGUGUUGGCAUUAUGAAUAAUACAGAUGGCAUCCGCUAUGAGCCGAGGUAUGUUAUGUAACUUAUCUUCUAGGGGAAAAGAAUGGACAGGACAAACAGAGCAGCUAAUACAAGGGUCCAUUUGAAAACUCAUUCAUUCACAAAGAAGGUCAAACUGUUGAAUGCAGGCUUUUGAAAAUGAAUUAAAGUUUGCAAGCAGGUGCUCUGAAAAGUUUAUUAGCUGUUUGUUGGCACACUGAAUUUUUAUUUUUUUUGACAUUCUUUAUUUUAUUCUUGUUUUAUGUCAAAUUGAUGUAGAACAUAGAUAACGACAGAAAGGAAAACACAAUAUUUAAUGAUAACAUAGUAGAAAUGCAUGAUCAAAUCCUGUCAUUUGAGUAGUUAUGGAAACAAAGUUUUUAAUAUAAAUCUUUAAAAGUGGCAAAGAUAGUACGACCAGAGUGGCCAUUCUAUGGCGGUAUAUGUAAUACCUUCUUUGUGUUUGGGCUCGUAAAAGGCACAAAUAAUGGAAGGCCCAUAAAGACUAAUGGAGCUCCCCAAGUGGCAUUACGUUUGUAGAAGAGCAAAGCAGGUUAACUAGGUCUGGCACCACCAUGCCUGAAUAGCUGAGGCAAGUGCCUACUGGUCGUGCUAUGGGAUCAGUAGUAAGUGUUAAUGUUAAUAGUGCACAAUUACACCUUGGCACCAUGAGGGGAGGGUGGCUGGGUCAGGAGCAGUGACCCAGUGGCAGUGUGAGACAGAUGCAUGAUUCAGAGCUUAAAUGUAAGAGAGAAAAAAAAGACAACAUUGAACUGCGCUAACUGUCAUCCUUAGGCUGACUGUAGGACAAAAUUGGUUGGCUAAAUAAAAGAAAUUAAUUUGGCCUGUGUUAGCCCAUCUUCGCUCCUGUGCGGGGCACAAAAGGAACAAUAUUUUCCACGCCCCAUGAUCUGUUUGCAUUAGGGUUAGGAAGCUUUUGCUGGGCAAGGCCCAGCUCCUUGAGUCCGGUGUUGAAAACCAGUAGGUGGCAUUUUCUUUAGUGGCAAUGAGGGUACGGGAUGGGCCACAUUUCUAUUUGAUGUGAGCCCCUCAUGUCUUCGAACUGGAACGGGGCUUUGGAUUUUAUUACCUCCAGUAUCGCCAUCUUGUCUUUAAAUGACUGAAAAGGUAGCAAGAGAUCGAGGGGGGCUGCACCAGACGACCUGGGAGACUUUGGUAGGCGAUAAGAGCCUUCAAGUAUUGUGUGCACUGUUUACCGGGGGGUAACAGCGUUGAAAAGAGGCAUCUAAAGAAAUGUGCAUUUCGCCAUCAUUGAUAGUUUCUGCGAUACCUCUAACUUUUGUGUUGUUGCACCAACGCACGGCAUCCAGCGCAUCCAGUCAGGCUUGCAUAGGCGAGUGUUAGAUCUGUUCCAUGGCAACUGCAUGGUGCUGUGAGAAAGACGUCUUCCUCUGCCUCCCUGACUGUCAUUAAUGGCUACCAGCUACUCCUGCAUCACUGCCAGGUGGGACCUGAAGAAGGCACGGAUGUUCUCCAUAAAUUCCAUGAUGGUGGAGCCCCUCUGUCCUCUGGCUGUUGGUGUGCUGCAGGUUACUCAGCUUCAGGUAUUAGGUCAGGGGCAUCCAGCGUUUCAUCGUCAUAGGAAGAGCCGAGAGGGUCAGGUGGCGCCGCCAUCUUUGGUGUGGGAUGCGUGUGGAAGAGCUCUCCUAUGCUCCGACUUCCCUCCCCUGAGAGGGUUUUAAGCAUCUUGGAGUAUUUUCUCCUGGUGUCAUGGGUUCCUGUGGGGUCGAGUUUGUGCUGGAUAGAUGGUAAAUUCGGGUGAUUGUUUAGUUGGUGAGUUGGAGUCCAGCAGACAUGGGACUGGUCUCGGCUCUGUGUUGGCCAAGCCCCCAGCACCAGGGCUGGACUGGGAACUAAAAGCAGCCCUGGACAAAAAAUUCUUUACCAGCCCAAUAAUGCGUCGCGCCAGCAUAGUGUGCUGAUAUAGAGGGUGAAAAAAUAACUUAAAAUUGAAAACUCUUACUCCAACGAAAGAACACAUAUAGGGCUUCAAAAUAAACAAAAGAGCUCUGCUUUAUUUUAAGCAGAUGUACAUUUGCAUUUAAUCAAUCUUUCAGUACAACUACCUUGACAUAUUAAGGACAUUUUAGUAAUGGGACUGAAAUGGUGAAUGUAUGCAGUUGCACAACUGAAAAAAAAUGAAGUGAUCUUGUUUAUUUUGAAGUCCUAUGGUUGCGCUCUUCACUUUGAAUAUGUUAUUGUGCAUGAGUAUGCAACUAGCAACAAGACUGGGCUAAUACGUGCUCAUUACAUAUUUGUAUAUAUUAAUUACAUUUAUGUGUGUAUUAUGCAUAUGUAAAUGUAUAUUAAUAUAUCUGUAAAUAUUAUAGGCAUAAUUAUAUAUGUUACUAAUAAACACAUCAAUAUACAUGCAUAUAUAUAUAUAUGUGUAUUACUGUCAGGAUCACAUAAAUUACGUCUAUUACAUUUACCACGUUUAGUAUAUCUUGUCUCCAAUAGUCUCCUUUUUGUCUCGUACAACCACCCUUGUGUAUCUUUUACUUCAUCCCAGUCCCUGUGUGUUUCUUUUUACCCUUCUCCAGCCUCUGUUUGUCUCUUCCCCCCAGCCCCUUUUGUGUAUGUCUUAGCCCCAGCCCAUUUGUCUCUUUCUCCCCUUCCAAAUCUCACCUGUGUGUCUCUUUCUAACUCCAGACUCUGUGUGCCUCUUUCUCUUCUCCCAGCCACUCUGUGUCUCUUUUUCCCCCAGCCCAGCGUUUACUCCCACAAAUCUUGUGUGUCACUUUGUUCCCCUUCCCUUCUGUAUGUCUCUUUGUCCCCCCAACAAACCUUCUGUGUCUUUCUCCCCUCUCCUCCCUGUGUCUCUCCUCCCUGUGUCUCUCUUCACCCUCUCCUCCCUGUGUCUCUCUCUUUGCCCCCUUCCCCUAUCUCUAUUACCCCUCUGUCUCUUUGUCCCCCAUCCCCUGUGUUUCUCUAUUACCCCUCUGUCUCUUUGUCCCCCCUUCACUGGUGUCUCUCUAUUACCCUAUUUGUCUCUGUGUUCCCCCUUCCCCUGUGUCUCUCUAUUACACUUUGUCCCCCCAUACCCUGUGCCUCUCUAUUACCCCUCUGUCUCUUUGUCCCCCCCUUCCCUGGUGUCUUUCUAUUACCCCAUCUGUCUCUCUGUCCCCCAUCCCCUGUGUCUCUCUAUUACCCUCUGUCUCUUUGUCCCUUCCCUGGUGUCUCUAUUACCCCAUCUGUCUCUUUGUCCCCCCUUCCCGUGUCUCUCUAUUACCCCUCUCUUUGCCCCCCCUUCCCCUGUGUCUGUCCAUUACCCUUCUCUUUGUCCCCCAAUCCCCUGUGUCUCUCUAUUACCCCUCUCUUUGUCCUCCCUUCCCCUGUGUCUUUCCAUUACCCCUCUCUUUGUCCCCCCUUCCCCCGUGUCUCUCUAUUAUCCCUCUCUUUGUCCCCCCUUCCCCUUUGUCUCUCCAUUACCCCUCUCUUUGUCCCCCCUUCCCUUGUGUCUCUCAAUUACCCCUUUCUUUGUCCCCCUUUCCCUGUGUCUCUCCAUUACCCCUCUCUUUGUCCCCCCUUCCCCUGUGUCUCUCUAUUAUCCCCUUUCUUUGUCCCCCUUUCCCCUGUGUUUCUAUUACCCCUCUAUUUGUCCCCCCCCUUCCCCUGAGUUUCUACUACCGCUCUGUUUCUGUGUCACAGUAGGACAGAGGGAGGGGGCAGAGCUAACUACCAUGCUCCCUCGCGGUUCCCAUAAUUCCCAGCACAGCCACAUCAUAGAGUGCUCACUACCAUAGACAUAUAUAUGUCUAUGAUCACUACUCUAUGAUCUGGCUUUGCUGUGAAUUAUGGGAACCACGAGGGAGCAUGGUAGUUAGCUCUGCCCCCUCCCUCAGUCCUCCUGUCCUGACAGCUAAACUGCUGUCAGUAUCAGUAAGUGUGCCGCCGAUAUCACUGAUACUGACAGCAGUUAGAUGGGGCCGCCGGCCGCAAGGUGAGUACCCCCUCAGAGUGUGCCACCCGGCGGCACUGACAUGCGGCCGGAGGCUGCGAUAUUAUUAAAAACGGCUGCAGGGAUCCCUCUCUAUAGGGAGUAAGAGCUCUGCAGCCCCCAGGUGCCACGGCCCAUUGGGAAAUUUCCCGGUUAAUUUCCCGGUGGGCCAGUCCGGCCCUGCCCAGCACACUGAAUUCUAACUGUAUAAUUUUCUAGUUUUGUGGCCUUGCUAUACUUGAUUUGAUGACGGUCAUAAUACUUUUUAGUGCUGGGGUGGUCAAACACUUAAUUGUGAUCAAGCCAUUGAUCUCAGAGAGGGCUGAUAGCAUCAGAGUGGCUGCAUAAUACAGAAUGUCCCAUUGCUCUCCUCUGACCAGGACAUUCUAUGUGUAUAUAACUGUAGUUGGGUAAGCAUGCUGAAAGUGUGGAGGAAUGGCGAUUAUUUGCCCACUGAGAGCUGCGGUACUGUAAGUGGAGAGGUGAGAUGUACUAUAUAAACAAAAAUAUUGGAAUUACUAAAUUCAUGAUUGGGGGCACACCUUUUAAUUAUUAAAUUCAAUCAGACUAAUUGACUUAGGUGUAUAAAAUCAAACACCUAGCCAUGCAUUCUGUAUUUACAAACAUUUGUGAAAAAAAUGGGAGCUCAGUGAAUUCAAGCAUGGUAUUGUGAUAGGAUGCCACCUUUACAAUAAGUCAGUUCAUAAACUUUCAUCUCUGCUAGAUCUUCCACGGUCAACUGUAAGUGUUAUUAUUGGAAAGUGGAAGCGAUUAGGAACAGCAGCAACUCAGCCACAAAGCGGAAGACCACAUAAAGUCACCGAGCGGGGUCUCCAAACUUCCACCGGCAUUAAUAUCAGCACAAAUCCUGUGUUGCAGGAGUUUCAUGAAAUGGAUCACCGUGGCUGAGCAACUGCAUGCAAGCCUCACAUUACAAAGUAGAUGCCAAGCAUUGGAUUGAGUGAUGUAAAUCACUUCCCCACUGGAUUCUGGAGCAGUGGAAACAUGUUCUGUUGAGUGAUGACUUAUGUUUAUCUGUUUGGCAGUUUGGGUUUGGCGUAUUCCAGGAGAACAUUACAUGCCUGACUGCAUUGUGCCAACUAAUUAAUGUAACAGAUCCCCCUGUUUUUCGUUUAAUCUGUAAUAUAUGUUGUAACAGCCUCCUACCAUGUUGCCUGGGAAUCUCUACCUUUUGUUUUCCUGCUAUCAUCCACAUUGCCCUGCACCUAAGAACAAAGACUGUUUCUGGCCCUUUAACUGUGUUGUGCAAAGAAUGGGUACGUUUGAUAUGGCACUUCGGAUACAGCCGAAGUGGCCGCCAUUAGACAAUCAAAUACGUGGCGGCGACCAUUUUAAUGCAGUCGAACGCAGUCAGCGGUAUGUGUCGUCAAAUCCCUGGAACGGAAAUCAGCCACACAUUUGAACGAACACCGCUGACCUGUACCUUCCCCUACCCUUCGACACUGUGGCUGGAGACUAAGUCCCAUUCGAAGAUUCGAACGCAUGUUCGAAUGGGACUUUGUCAUCUUUUUUGUGUAAAAUAGACUGCCACUUAACUAACAACCAAUGCUAAAACUUAACCCUCUUUUACUUCGACAGAAGCCGAAGUGCGUUCGACUAUUCGAACGCCGCCUUCGGAUAGGACUUUGUUAUUUUUCAAGGCAGAAAUAGACCGACCGCACAGUCUGAAUCUCUGGAACUGUUUUGGGCAUGCAAAUAGGCGUGCGGUCUGUCCAAAGAGACUUUUCAAUACCACUGAACGGAUUUGUACGAAUUUUUAAUAUGUUUGUCCCCAAGUUGUGUUGUUCAUAAAAAUAUAAGUUUUAUUUGUGUAGGAUGAAAAAUCAUAAAGUUACAAAAAUGCAUAAAAAAGUAUAUGUUUUAGCUUGGAGAUAAUUGAGUAGAUACCAUAAGAAACUCAAUUAUCUCCCAAGCAGAGGGGAGGGAAUCUGUGGGUUGUAACCAUUGUCUGAUUGGUUAAUGUCUAAUUGUCUGUGGGUGUCUCCCUUGUAUGGGAGCACUGCAUAAAAGGAGAGUACCUGCCAUUAAACCUCAGUUCUACUUCACCCUCAAUCUAGAGUCCUGUCUCUUAUUGGGGGUAACCGCUAUACAGCUAUUCACACUAGCUCUUGUAAGAGCUUCUUCACUUGGAUCACGACUGAAUGCUGAGAAUCCUCCUCACUGAUCAGGAAAAGGACACUCUCCAGCGAAGGAAAAUCUUAAUGCUUCAGCAUACCAAGACAUUUUGGACACUGUUCUCCCCUCUGACGAGCCAGGUCAGGCGAAAAGCGCGCGUCUGGGGUCUGUAGUGUGCUGCUCUUAUGACUUUAGCACAUUUAUCUGCGACCAUGCUAUUGAGAUUUACUAAUAUUUAAUUUACUAUAGAUAUCUUUCUUUUCAUCAAUAUCUUGUAUCUAGUAGCUAGUGGGACGAGAGGUUUAGCUCUAGCAUUAGCUCAGCGCGAGAGUACUUUCACAGAUCUGUAUUAAGAGACCAACCACAACACUAAUUCCUGCACAAAACUGACAACUAGUGUUAGAUCUAAUUUCCAUCUUAACAUUUCUGUUACAUUGUUACAGCAUUCGAGAGUUUCAACUAUCUCUUUGAAACUGGAUCAGAAUAUACUAGCCGAUAUAAGCUAGACUUAUAGUAUUUUAGUAUCUUGCAAGAUAUUUAUCGUGCCUGCCAUUUCCCUUGAUCUGGGUGUUAGCAGGCUGAUUAUCUAUAACGUCUUGUUAGUCUGGGGACUUAACCCCCCUUUAUAAUAUCGAUUGUAGUUGUAUAUACUGACAUUGAACUUAAUGAUAUAAACUUGUUGCAAAAUACUUCCAAGACUAAUAAUGAACUUUUGGCAUUAUUAGAAUUAUUAUCAAAUUCUUCAGACUUUGGAUAUUUGCAAAAUACACUAAUCAAUAUAAGUUAUAUUCCACAGUAUCCUAGUAUCCUGUGAGAUAUUUACAGUUAUACAGUCUAUUCUAUAUUUGGGUCAUAGAAGGCUAAACAUCAAUAACGAUCUGUUAGCCGAAAAAAUCCUCCUCCACGAUAUUGAUCGGAGCUGUGCAUACCGAUCUUGAAUCCAAUGAUAUUUUUUGCAAAGUACCUUCAAGACUAAUAGUGACCUUCUUGUAUUACUAAUACUUUUAUUAAGUUCCCCAGUUUUUGGGUAUUCGAACAUAUCAGCCGAUAUUUAGUUUUUGAGUUACACUUUAUACAUACCAAGUCGCCUGGGGACCGUCUAUCAGUCCUGUGGAGACUGACAUUCAUUCUAACAUGUUUCCUACAUAUGUAAUAUUUGUGAUCUCUCUACACCAAGUAAUUAGAAGGACACUUUCAAUAAAUAUAUAUAUUUUUUUUUCAAUUUGACAAUUUUUAUUUUGUCUUAACCAUAUAAGACAAUCGAGCAUCAUAUCGACAUUUUAGCAGCUGAACACAGUUCUCACAUAGCUAUAUCUACAGAUCUACAGGUCGGCCCAUCAAUACACCGAUGUGUCUCAAUGCAACUAAGCCGCUUAUACCCACCUCGUGAGAGGGGGAGGAACCUUUAUAGGUCCAUUAGGUAGGUACAGUGCUCGUGACCUUACCAGAUCUCCAUGUUUGCCAGAGCUCCCAAGUUUUCCGGUAGAGAGGGAGGGAACAAGGAUUUAUACGAUGUCUCGUAAAUCCACUGUUUGUGUAGUUCCUCUAUCAGGGUCUCCUUGUUAGGGAGGAGCGUGGAUUUCCACCUUCUCACUAUCAAUCGCUGCGCCGUUAAGGCGAUGUGUAACAUCAUUUUCUUUACGUGUUGGGGUAGCACUCUAGGGAGAUCAAGAACUAGGCAUGUUAGCGGAGUGAACUCGAGAGGGUGUUGGGUAAUAUCUUGGAUCAAGUCAUGGACCUCAGUCCAGUAGUUAAGGAGCCGUGGACAACUCCACCAAAUGUGAUACAUCGAACCCUCCUGCAUAUGGCAUCUCCAACAUUGUGAGGAGGUGGAGGGGAAUAUUUUGUGUAGUCUGGUUGGUACUAGGUUGGUUUACGGUGCUGUUCUAUGAGGGCUGAUAAUUUUAAUAAUUUGAGUGGGUCUGUGAAAAUUGUAUCCCAGGCUUUAAGUGGCCCUGGGCAAUUUAGGUCGCUCUCCCAUUGACGAGCAUAUUUAGUGGUGGAAAAAUGGUUAUAGCUAGUCAUGGAGCUGAGGCACAUGGAGAUCGGUUUACAAUGUGGUAAUAGUUUAGCCGAUAAACACAUUUGUUCCCAUUCAGUGAUCCUAUUGGUGUCUCUAAGGGUGUCAGGGUGGCAUGUGGCUUCCUUAUACAGGUAAGAUUUGAGUUGCAAGUAUGAGUAGAGCGAGGAGUGUGGGAGCGCAAAUGUUUCCCUUAGACUAGGGAAGUCUAGGAGCUUGUCAGCAGCAAAGAGGUGGUAGAGGUGCAUCACCCCUCUUAGGUGCCAUGGAGCAGAAUUAAAUGUAGGGAUAAUGUAGGGCAUGGCCCUGAGGGAGGUCGCCAGGGAGAGGCUAGGGGUGCUGCCCAAUCUGGGCCUGUAUUUAUCCCAUAUCUGGAACAGCAGUAGCAAUUGUGUAGGGAGUAGGAGGAGGGUUGGCCUGGCACGUGGAGGUGUCCAAAGCAGGUGAGGGAGUUCAUGAUUGCCCAAAAGGUCUCGUUCCAGUGUAACCCAUUGUGGACCAGGGUCGGAGACUAUGUGAGGGAUGGCUGUGGCCAAAAUUGCAGCGUGGUAAUAGGAUUGGACGUUUGGCAUUGCCAGGCCCCCCAUUCUCUUGGGGGUUUGUAGGAGAGCCGCUGAGACCCUGGCUUUGCCACCCACCCAUACAAAUUUUCCCAUAUCAGUUUGUAUUGUUUUAAAAUAGGAGGGGGGGAGGUGGAGGGGGAGUGUACGGAACAGGUACAGAAGUCUUGGAAGUAUGGACAUUUUCAGUGUCGCAAUGCGAUCAAACCAGGACAGGUACAGUGGCGACCAACGUUUCAAGAGCUGAUUACACCUAUUCCAUACUGUGACAUAAUUUGCCGCCAUAAGGUUCGCUGUGUUUUUGGUAAUCGUCAGCCCUAAGUAUUUUAGGGAUUCCAUCCUCCAGUCAAAGUCAUAGGUGUGGGUAAGGGUCCUGGGUACCUGGGCUGGGAUACCAAUGGGUAGGGCUUACGUCUUGGUUGCGUUUACUGAGUAGUAUGAUACAUGUCCGUAGUCUUUGAGCAGUUGGAGUAAUGUGGGUAGGGAGACUAAAGGAUUCUCUAUAUACAGUAAGACAUCGUCUGUAAACGCGCUGAUCUUAAUAUGCUUGUCGCCCAGGUGUAUUCCAUGGAUUAUGUCAUUCUGUCUUAUGCGGUGUAGGAGGGGUUCUAGUGUGAGGAUGUAUAGCAUGGGGGACAGGGGGCAUCCCUGCCUUGUUCCCUUGGUUAUGGUAAAGGUAGGGGACAAGAAGCCCGCUUAGUUCACCUGCGCUGAGGGUGAGGAAUAGAGCGCAAAAAUCUGUCGUAUUGUCUGUUGGGGGAACCCAAACUUGGCUAGUACCUGCUCUAGGAAGGCCCAGCCGAGGCGGUCAAAGGCUUUCUCCGCGUCCAGCACUAGGAGAAGACCUCCUCGGCCCGGCCUCCCCAUCUCCCGUUGCACAAGGGCCAGUUUCUGGGUGUUGUCCAGUCCCUGUCUGCCCUUUACAAAACCAGUCUGGUCCUCAUGGAUCAGGUGUGGCAAGAUGGAGUUCAUUCUGUUUGCAGGGAUUUUUGCGGAAAGUUUCGUGUCGGUGUUUAGUAAGGAUAUAGGUCUAUAAUUUUUGCACUUGUCUGUAGGUUUAUCAGGCUUGGGGAUCGUCACUAUUGUAGCCAGCAGCACCUCCGGAGGCAGUCUACCUGAGGAAGCUGUUUGCCGGUAUAGUUUCAGGAGCUGCGGUGCUAGUAUGUCACUACUCCUUGUAGUAUGCGUUAGAGAGCCCAUCUGCGCCUGGGGACUUCCCCAGGGGGAGCUGUUUAAUAGUGUGGGCGAUUUCUGGGACUGUGAUAGGUUGUAGUAGAACUUGAAGGUGGUCAUCAGACACCUUGGGCAGAGUGAUGUCUUCUAGAUAGCGUGUUGCGUCUAAGCUUUGGGGGUGCGGUAUUGUUGUGUCUGUAUGGAGGUUGUAUAAUUUGGAGUAGAAGGCCGCGAACGCAUUGCUGAUCGUUUGUGGGUCUAUAUGUUUAUUGCCGUCGUCAUCCAGAAUGUAGGGUAUCUUGGUCUGGGUCAGUCUUGCCCUAAGCCUGGCCACUAAGUAUUUAGUAGCCUUGCCAGUUGUGUGUUACGUAGUGGCUCUCAACUUAUAUAGGAGGCUAUUUGAUUUUUCCGCCUGCAUCUUGGCGAUCAUCGUAUGUGUCUCAUUUAUUUUGAGUAAGUAUUCUUGUGUGGGGUGGGCUUUGUUUUUUGUGUUAAGUUCGGCUAGUUGCGCGUACGCUUUUGUAAGUGUAUUUAGGUUGCGUUUCUUGAGAAAGGAGCCCCACUUAAUAAAGAGCCCCCGUACUACCGCCUUAUGGGCGCACCAAACCGUAUCGUCAGUGGUCUCCCCAGACCCGUUUGUUUGAAAGUAUUCUGUUAGUGUGGUGCGGACUAGGUCCCAUCCAUCAGUAGGGAUUCGUUAAGGCACCACUGCCCGCGGCCUCUGAACUGAAAUGUAUUGUUUAAUUGGAGGUGCACCGGACUGUGGUCCGACCAAGUGAUGUCCCCUAUCUGGCAGUCCUGUAGUUGUGCUAAGGUGGCAGAGUCAAGAAAGAAAGUGUCGAUUCUGGUGUACAUGUUGUGUACUUUGGAAUGGGAUGAUGGGUGCGCCAUGCGUCGUAUAGGCCAUACUGUGUAAGCAGUUUAGAGAUAUCUUUGCAUGUGUCGGCCACCUGCUUUCUCCUGCGGCCCUCGGGGCGGGCUGUGGUGUCUAGCGUUGGAUGUUGGAUAAAAUUAAAGUCUCUGCAGAGAAUGAGACCCCUGCUCUAACCUCAUCCACAGUCAGGAGAAGGGUGCGUAAGAACAUUGUGGCCUCCGCGUUGGGAAAGUAGGUUGCUACGAGGGUGUAUGGGGUGUUGUUCCAGAGGCCCACAAGUAUAAUAAACCUGCCUCUCGUGUCUAUAACUUUCUUAUGGAGCGUUAGGGACGUGUCUUUGUGGAUGAGGAUGGAGACUCCCUUAGUUUUAGAUUCAGAAAGUGCGUGGAAUUGGGUUGGGAAAUGCUUGUUAUAAAUGGACGGGGUGUGGUCUUUCUUAAAGUGGGUCUCUUGCACACACGCGACAUCUAUUCUGUCUUUCCUCAAGUCCCUAAGUAGAAGGCUUCGUUUACCAGGGGAAUUCAGCCCCUUAACAUUCAGGGUUGUAAUUUUCAUAAACAGUGGCUUGGGGGGUUACUAUAGAAGGGGGGUAGUGUUCCCCUAUGAGCGAGUGUGUCAGGGUCGGGGAGCGAUAAGUUGUUUCCUUGGAGAACCACCAUGUGAGUGCGUGGUGUCGAUAGUGAAAAACAUGAUGCAGGACGGGGCCUGGAGAGGGAGAGAGCAACUGGGAAGGGGGGUAGUUUCCCGCAACGGCGGGUAGGUUAAUGCUCAGCAAAUCUGAGCGAAGAUGUGGUCUGGUACGUCCAGACUCACCUGAGGCCGGGGGUGGCUGGUGGUGUCUCCGUAAUCUGGAGGCACUCAGGUCUUAGGGCUCGGUCGGGGCUUCUGGGAAGCUGAGGGGUGGUUGGGUUACAUCCCCAGAGAGCUAGUAACGGUGAUUAAACUUUUUUUUUUUUUUUAAAGUCGCCUCUGCGCUUUGUGAGUACCCAAUAUCUGGCUAAAACGGCAAAUUGGCCAGUGUCAUAUUCUAACCAUAGAGGCUAUAUAGAGGAUUUAUAGCAGUUGAACAACAAUUAACAAAUAAACAUUAAACAUUUGGUAUGCAUAUUUGUAUACGAUACCCUCCGGGUAUGGCCAAUCGGGCCCUAAGCUUGAGUCCAAUCUUGAGUCAAUCUGGGGACUUUCGCUUGGGGGCUUGGUAGCGGUAUACCCCAGUCUUGCAAUUUCCUCAGGCCUUCUGCUUCCGUCGCCACUGCGUGUAUCACACCUUGCUUCUGUAUCAACAAUUUCGCCGGACAGCCCCAGCGGUAUCCGAUAUCAUUGGAUCUGAGGGUGGUUGUGAUUUGGGACAUCGAUUUACAGAAUUGCAGCGUGGAGGCCGACAGGUCCGCGAAGACUUUGAUGUUGGAGUAUGGCUCGGGGAGAGCCGCGUUUCUGCAGGCCCUUGUAAUGCGUUCCUUUACGUGAUAGAAAUGGAUGCGAGCUAUGACAUCCCUCGCGGUCGUGGAGGGUAGGUGGCUCGGCCUGCGUUGCCGGUGGGCUCUAUCGAUGACGAGGAGGUCAGGAUGCGUAGAUGGGACUAAUUCCUGGAACAGAUCAGUCAGAUAUUUGUUCAGGUCUGCAUUCUGAACGGAUUCUGUAAUCCCCCUGAAGCAAAGGUUGUUCCUCCUAGACCGGUCUUCCAAGUCUGCCAUCUUGCGUUUUUGUGCUUCUAGGUCUCCAGCUCUUGUAACUUAUCUGCUAGGCUGUUGUGUGCCACUGUGAAGUCGUCGAGCGAUUUCUCCACGUGGGCUGUCCUGCUCCCUAUGUCCAGGAGCUCUUUGCGGAGAUCUAUGGUGAGUGAGUGUAUCUGAGCUGUAAUACUGGCUUGGAGCCUAUCGGACAGUUCUGCCAUCAGGGAUCUCAUGCCUGUGGCUGGGGGGGGGGGCCCUCCUCUGAGGCUGAGCUUGGGGAUGGAGGAAGGGAGGGCGUGCACUCCCCUGAGCGCUGUUCGCCGCCAUCUUGGCCAAGGCCUUCCUUGCCCUUCCCCGUCGAAGUUCUUGCCAGGAAAAAGGAGCCUUUCUCGGUCCUGAGGGACUUGUUUGCUUCUCUGUGACAUGCUGAAGCGUGGGUCUUGUAUCCUCUAUUUAUAUUGCGUGUAAUGCCGCUUAUUUCAGCCCCUUUAGACCCGAGCCGCGGGAGCUUCACAUGUGUGCGACCGUUCCCCCAAUAAAUAUAUUUUUUGUUUAUAUUCUGGCUGAUACUCAAUGCUAUUAUACUUUGAUACUUGAUACGAUCAUACUUACCUGAAAUCCCUAUUAGCAGAUUUCAUAUUUCAGUACCUUUUGACCAUUUAUUUGAGCCAUUUGGAUGAUUUGUUUUUAUAUUAUUAUGAUACUGGUUCUGGGAUAAAGUUUUAGUACCUAUUCUAGGUUCACGUUUUGUACAUUAGCACGUUUGGUUUUUGAGUAUUAUUUACGUAUAAUAAAAUUUAUUUAUUUUUUCCUCUUUUAUUUAUCAGCUAAGUGCUUUGUCUGAUAGUUAUCUUCUGUGUAGAUUCAAACACUCACCUCUCAAUCUUUUGAGUAGAUAUCUAUACUACUUAGGUACACUACUUGUGUUUCUUUUAUGUUAUAUUUGGGGUUACCCCCGUUCUUUAAGCGUACCUUCAAUUUGGCUCUAUUUUCGUCUCUUUGUUUUCAAUUUUGGACACUGUUGCUCACCCCUGCUCUUCUCCUUCUCUACUCUCUGAGUAAACUAGUUGGCUUGGUAUACUGUUUUUUUGUCCGUAAGAGUCAAUGUACAACUAUUCUGAUUGAUUUGGGGAAUUAUCUUUAGAGACAUUGCUGCUGUCAAACAUUAUGGUAGGUUCAUAAUUGAUUGUUUCUUUUGAUAUUACUAUGAGUUUAAGGAAUCUUCCUGUUAUUGCCCCAGGUAACUUGCUGGAGGUGUGUAUACACCUGGCUCACAUCGCCAUUUAGUUAUAGGUAUUUCGAAUUCCUUUUUAAAGAGCUGUUUGCAGCGGUGACUUCCAAUUCUGCAAACAGCUCAUCAAGAAGUCUGGGGCUGACCGAUGGGAGUCCCAGGUAUCCAUUGAUAUCUAGGGUUCUCUGGUGUGAGCGGUGAUCUAACCCUGCUCACACCAAAUCUGUAGAAAGUGCCAUUACGCCCUAAAGGCAUUAUCCCUUAUGGCAUAAAUCCCAUUAAAGCUAGGGUGUAAUGACAUGUUCUAGUGUUCUUAAGGGGUUAAAAGGAAACAUUUUGUUCAAGAAGGUACUUUCACACUUUUUGGUAUACAAAAGUUCUUCCCCUUAUGUUCCAUACAUUUCCCCUUGUGAUUGGUUAAAGCAGCACUGUCACAUCAAACUUAACUUUCUCCUAUUGUUUCCUCUUCUUUUCCUCUCUCCGAAUAUGUUCUUCUUUUCUUCAUUUCUAAACUAGUUUUCUUUAAAACAUAAGACAAAGUAGAGACUACUUUGUUUUGUGUAUUUUUCCAACAUUUGACCUUCUUUGACCAAAAGAGGAGCUUAAGUCAGCUCCAUUUCCUGGGUGGAAGAAAGUUUUUCCACAAUACUCCCCCCUCCUCCGUAAUCUCGCAAUGCUUCAAUGGCUAUUCGCAAACGUCCUGUCAUACAGCCUAUAAAGGAACCGAAUUUCGGACAAACCAAAUGUGGACAGUUUGUCCAUUCGUGUUUGGAUAAAAUUCAAGCAUUUUUUUCCGUUCUGAAUUUCAUUCGGAGAAUGAAUAUCCAUUCUCUGCCGCUGCUGCAUCUCGCAGCUGUUUAGUAGAUAGCUUCCUAAUUCGGGAGCUAUCUACUAAAAAGCUGAAAGACCAAAAUUCUUCUCACUGUUGUAAAUUUUUUUUUAAAAAAAAAGCCUACUCCCCAUUAGCAGUGGGUGGGGGCCCUAAGUGAGUAAUAAGGUGGUGGGGUCCUAUGUUCUACCUCCCUGGCUCCCAGCCAUGGGACCUAUUGUCUUCCCCGUUGCCACCCAUUAGUGACGGGUUGGGGCCCUAAGUGACAAAAGGGAGAGACCUAUUGUCCCUCCCCCAGCACCCACUCAUUGGCGACAGGUGGGGGCAAAUUGUAAAAAUAACGCCACCAAGUGCCAAAGCCCCUAGUCCUCCACACCCCCUCCAAUAAAAUAAAAACCUACCACCUCACCCUAUUGUUAUGGGCAAAUGCAAAUAUUACAAGUUUUAGAAUGAAAUGUUGUAUUUCUUAAACUGUGUACUUUGUCUUUAAGAGAUAUUGCAAACUGACAAGGUGUUAGAAAUGGAACAUAUUGUUUUCCAUAGAUGUUUCUUUAAGCAAUAACCUCUGUGCACAUUAUGUUUACGCCAUUUUGUCCCAGACGAAUUACAAUAACAACAAGCUUCAAGGCUAUGCUACGAUUUUUUUCAGUAUGUAAUAUACUGUGGUAACCUUAGUAGAUAAGGAUGUUCAGACUUUAAGAUGCCAUCUUGAACUAAGUCAGGAAAAUUGACGUAUACACCUUUUACUUAUGGACUUGUAUUUUUGCCAAGGGAGGUCCUAAAAUGAAUAAAGUAAAAGAAGUAAAAGAAGUGUUACUUUUUCAUAUAUGAACUACGGUAACCCUAAAAUGGAGACACCUAAAGUAUAAAUAGGUGUACUUUUAAAUGUUUAAGACACAGAGGAGAUACUUGGAGACAGACGCUGCUCCAUCUUAAAAUGAUAGAGAGGCUGACAUGAUGACAUGUUCAGAAGGGUAUGUUAAUAUUAUUAAUUAUUAAUUAUAAUUAAUUAUUAUUAAUGAUAUUUGCAAGCAUUUAGUUUAAUCUUAUAAACACUAUUUUUAUAUAAUAAAUACCAAAAAGACAACUUUAUUGCUUCCAAGACAAUCCUUAUUUUAUAUUGUAUUCUCAAUUAUUUAUAUAUUUUAAAUAGAGGAUCUCUUACACUAACUAUAUAAAAUUAUGGCUAAGAUAUCUGUAUGGUUAGCCCUACUAAGUUCUAUGCUUUAAGAUGUUAUAGUGGUAAAUAAGGGAACCAGCCGUGGUUACACUAUCAAUAAAGGGGGAGCAAAAACUAAAUACCUAAAAAUGUAAAAUAAUCAUACUUACCAUUAGAUCGAUAGAUUUUUUUCAGCACCCAAAAAGGCCCCACUAAAAAUCCAUGAAGCCCGUCGAACUAAUACAAUAAAAAAAGAAUUGUUUGCAAAAAAACAUGCUGGAAAAAAAAAAUCACAAUGAUAAAAAUAAUCCAUCUUCACCCAGCGAGGGCUCUGCGCAUGCUGAGCUGUGGAGGGCAGAGAAAGGCUUAUAAAGCCUCCCCACCCCUCGGCUUAAGCCAACCAAUCAGAGUGCUCUUACAGGCAAAGCUUGAGCCUUACCUGAUUGGUAACAUGAAUGAACGGAUUUCGAAUAAUAUCGAAUAGCCAAGUAUUCAGCUGGGCAUGUGCAGGAAUUUCCCAUCACCUUAUUUUCUUGUAAAUUACAAUACAACUGGAACAAACAACACUGGAUUAAAUCACUAAUGCAAAAUAGAUGAAAUGUCAUUAGGGACCAAAUGCAUUAGUGCCAUCACACAUUUUCCAUUGUGUACACAUGAAUUUUGUAGCAGCUUAAUCUUUUUAACUGUAUGAAUAAUGCUGAUUUUGUCCAUAUUCUUCCUUUUAAAGAGAGCAUACAAUUUGCAAAUUUUCUGUAAACACAGACACGUUUGAAAUACAUAAAAAAACUAAAAGUGCUAAAGCAUGUGAGACACAGUUUUGGCAUCUACAAUAUGGUGGAAUUAAUCUAAUUAUUUAGUGAUGUAGUUGUGACUAUAUGUUAAACAUUAACCUAACCUAAAAAGGCCCUAGUAGAAGUUUCAAUUGCCCUGACUACGUUAGAAAAAGUUAUACUUGAAGGUUGGAAUACUAGUAUUAUACACAACAGCAAUCACAGUACUGUAUAAAAUACUAUUUUUGUUCUUAUUUUCUUUUUUUAAUAUCUGAAAUCUAUAGAGCUGAGAAUAAAAUGUAGACAUUUGAUAGUUUGGUAAUUGUAACUAUAUGAAUAUAGAACAUUACAUUUUUAUUUUUUUUAUUUUAUUAUAGGGCUCUUCUUGGAAUAGAUGUUUCAGACCAUGUCAGAGAAGCAAAUAUUAGAGUGCCAUCUCUAAAAGAACAUUUUUUUGGAUAAAUAUACCAAAAUAUUGCCAUCGCCAUCAACUAGAAUUGAAGGCUCAAGACAUCAAGUGAUCGGUGCCCCACAUCUCACUGAUCGUUACGCAAGAUACAUCUUUUACAGAAUAUCCAUAGAAUCAUAACGUGCAAGCUGUAUUGGCCCUUUAUUACUAUUCACUGUGGACUUUUACUGACAUAACUCCAUGUACAAAACAAAGCAGGGAUUCCCCAUCCAUAUGACAGCAGGUAAAGGGGACCCUUAACUUCUCUGGAAAUUACAACAUUAAAUAAAACACUGAAAAUCCCCUAAAACUUGUUAACUCUUUUAUGUGAUGCUCAACUCUCUUUCAGAUUUAUAUUAACAAUUUAUCAAAUUAGAUCACAAUCCAAUUCAGUCUAAGCACAGCCAGGUCAAAUCAAGAGUAUAUAUACCGGUAGAUGUUCUCUGUAUACUUUCUCUAUGGUGACUGCCAGGUGCAAAUGACAGAGUUUAUAACGAUAACUGACAGGGAGCUGAGAUAGAUGUCCGCAGUUGCAGGAUAAAGAGAUGUGGAUUACUAUAUUUAAUUUUAUUUUUCAUACCUCGCAAAUACAUUUGCUAGGUAUAGUGUAUAAGUAAACUGAAUAUUACAAAUCUCAGGAAGCGUGAAUUCCCCCUUUCUCACAUCUGUACUAACGUAAGAAUUUCAAAUUUAAGGCCAGAGUAGCUGAAUGAAAAGCACAUCUGACUAAGAGAAUUCAUCCAGUUUUGCUAUUUUGACCUUAAAUUUUCAAAUUCGCUUGGAAUUCUCACUUGUGAAUAACUCUGACAACAUUGUAUUGGAGCAAAUUAAAUUCAGAGCAACAGCUGGAUAGGACACAGUACCAAUAAUUCUAUAGGUACAUUCAACAAAAACUGGUGGUGUUGCACUUUUACCUUUCCUGCCAUUUAAAAAAAACUUGUGCAGUGAAAAACAAAACAACAAACUUCUAAUUAUUUUUUUAGGAAGUGGUGGUGACAUUACCAAUUUAACUGCAGUGCAUAUUUAUGAAUAAAUGUAUACAAACACGUGUGUCUACAUUUAUUGUACUGUGUU